UAUCCCACUUUACGUGCUACCGACAUAGUGUCCUUGGAGUACUUUAAAUAUAUAUAUAUAUUGUAUAUCACUGCAGAAUUCCAGGUUCAGCCAUGUAUGUUAUUUCAAAAGAAACGUAUUUUCAGAGACUAUUGAGCCUGUUCGACUUUAAAAAUACUAAGGGACUUCUUUAGGUUGCAUAAUCACAGCAGAUCUUGAACGUAGCAUCAUUGAGGCUGUUCGAAUCCCUCAGUGGCAGCGAGUGGUAAGAAAACCCAAACAAACGUCAAUAGCGUAUCAGUAAAGAAGUGCAUAGUUGUAAAAAAGUGCAAUCUCGUUAAUGUAUUCAGACUAUUGAUAUCCUUGAACAUUCUGUAUUGGAGACUAUGUUGCUUCGGAGAAGGUACACGUCACGAAAUACUGCAAGUUAGCUCGGUAGCACUUAGCAGGCUGAUGAAUGUGUGCUGCCGCUGCUAAGGAAGCCAUUUUGAAACUGUGUUGUUCCAACGAAGCCAGGUCCAGUGUGUUCCUGUGCUGAUACCGUAAACCCUGAGCAAGAACAACAGAAAACUGCAUCGCAGAAACUUCACGUGUGGGAGAAAACAUCAUUGAAGAAAGGAAGGGAAAUACCCUCAUGACACAUUUUGGACGUAUUCUAUUUUUCAACUCAGAAGAGGACGUUGAAUAGGCUGUCGUGGAUUUCUGUUCUGACUAUUUCUAUUUGUCAAUGAAGGACUUUUGAGCAUCGUAUGACACGCAGAACCCUUUUCUUUGGAAGAUUUGCUGUUUCGCUUUUGAGCUUGCAUACCUAUGAAAUCAGAGCUAAACCCUAUAUCUGCUUCAAUCAGAAAACGGCAGAUAAUUAAAUGGGGAUCUUACAAAUGUGAAAUUAAAACGUAUACAGAUAAAAACGGCAUUAUAAUGAAUCAUCCUGCAGCAUCUAUAUUUCACUAACCAACACUGACCAUGACGGCGAUGUAACAUAGGGUUUUACUUCCUUCAUUGUCAUGUGACUUUGAACCCUUUUGAGCAUUAUUUUCUUCAAACUCAGACAGUCUUUUUCAGCCGUUUAAUGAGGUGAGCAAUGGUUUUCAGUGACCUCUAUCGCCAGUAAAAGACUGUCUCUGAACUCCUUUUUUCUUUUCUGCGUGCGUUUCGGUAGAUCUUAAAAUGAUUCGGUAAAAGGCGAGUCGAGGACAAAACAUACUGGCACGCAGUGUGGCAGCUGUCUGUCUCCCCUCGUCUGGUGUCAAAGUGGAACUGCUACACAAACUGCUGUCCAUGUUCCAGGGCAGACAACUUUCACAGACUGCUUCCCAUAAGAAUUUGUUUCAUUUUUGCCAUUCAGCAUAAAGUCCUAUCAGGGUUACUCCUGACAAUAAGAAACAGUGGCUCAAAUGAGUUUGUGAAGAAUUCAAUCUGCCUGGGAAAGAAAUACCUGAACUGGAAACGGUAGCACUCGGAAAUUCAUCGGAGACGUGACCCGCAUAGGAGCUGUUAGGGGAAUCUGGUUCAAGAAGGAGAAUCGCUUCUGCUUAACAAUCUGACUUCCUGCUUGGCCAGUUCUCUGGAUCGCCAUUCCAGAUCAUUCCUGCAACCUUUUGACCCAUCUCCCAGUGUUUCACCCUGGAAGAAGGGAUCUGCCUCUGGGGAAAGGGGCUGUGCUUUCCUGUGGGAGGUGGAGAGGGGGUCGUCGGUGUGCCGCUCCCCGUCCGUCAGUGCACACACUCUGUGAUCAGCGCCAACGGGCCUGAGGAACCGAGCCAAGCCGGACCGAGAGAGGAGGCAGAGGACUUCAGAGCCAGACUCUGGGAUCCUGGCCAUGAGGUUUGAUGCCUCGAUCCACUGACCGGAAACACUGGACCUAAAUGGCGCAGCAUGACUUUGUCCCUGCCUGGCUUAACUUCUCCACGCCCCAGCCUGCCAAGUCCCCUGCUGCCAACCUUGAGAAACAAGGCGAGCCCCACCACCACAGAGACGGCAGAACCUCUGUGAGCCGCCGCCGCCACAACUCCUCCGAUGGCUUCUUCAACAACGGCUCCCUGCGCGCUCCAGCAGGUGACGGGUGGCAGCAGCCUUCUCUGCUUCUGAGGCAUGACUCGGUGGACUCGGGGGUGGCCAAAGGGGGGCAUGGCGGGCUGGCGGGGGGCUCCUGUUGGAAAGAAACACCCAACUGGCACGGAGCGCCGCGGGGAGCCCAGGACGGCCACCACCACCAGGGGCGCCACCCCAAACGGGUAGGAGUGGACAGGGACAGGCAGGGGGCGCACCGGCAGCGCAACGGCAACUUUCAUCCCCGCAAGGGCCCCUCGUACCAGGACAAGUUCCCCAACGAGGAACGCAAAGACGGCAAGGACGACAAGCUGAAGUUCGUGGAAGAGGACUUUCCUUCCCUCAACCCUGAAACAACUGGAAAGCCUGGGACUCCGAUGCGAGCGGUGGCUCCCCAUGCUGGAGUGUGGGAAAACCCCCCGAGUGGCAAACAGAUGGUGUCCAAAAUGCUGGUUAUCAAGAAGCUUUCCAAGGAGGACCCCGGCACCGCCUUCUCUGCGGGGUUCACCUCCGCCGGCAUCCUGCCCAUCAACGGCAGCAAAACCCCCAUGGCCAGCUCCAGCAUUUACAAGAACCUGGUCCCCAAGCCUGCUGUGGCCCCCACUAAAAGCAACCAGUGGAAGUCCGGUGGUAGAGAGAUCACUAAGUCCGGCCUCCACAUGCCGGGCCGAGACUCGGUGUUCACCAGCCCCGUCUCUGCAGCCAAACCCAGCCCCCCCCUCAGCGCACCACAGCACAACCCCACGAAAGAGCACCCUUCCAGCACGACUCCUCCCAUAGACAUCGCCCCGUCAAGGCUGAAGCUGAUGCGCCGCGGUCCGGACCGUAAGAGCGAGUUCCUGCGAGCUCUGAAGGACGAGGGCACCGGAGAGCGGACGACCAGCAGCAGCCCGGGAACCUCAGGAGAGGGUGAGAGCAGCACCCCAGAGCCCAAAGUCUACCGCGAGGAGGUGUGCCACGAGAACGGUCUGUCCUACUCGCUCAGCGACUCGGACACCGAACACCUGUCCAGCUCCCUGGAGGCAGAGCACAGGUUGCUAAAGGCCAUGGGCUGGCAGGAGUACCCAGAAAAUGAUGACAACUUCCAGCCUCUGACGGAGGACGAGCUGCGAGAGUUCCAGACUAAAACUGAGCAGCUGAAGAGGAACGGCCUGCAGAGGAACGGGGCUCUCCCCAGGGCGCGGGGGGUCACCCUCCACUUCACCCCCUGGAGGAGUGUGGCGGAGGAGAACGUCGAGGAGGGCUCCGAGUCCGAAACCAGUAGCAGCAGCCAGACCUCUGACGACGACGACUGCAUCAAAUCCUAACGUGGCUUUACGGAACAAAAACAACCAACAACAACACAACAACAUCCCAGCAAGCAAUCCCCCCUCUUCCUCUCAUCUUUGUUUUUAGAGCACCAUUUUGACUUUCUUCCGUUUUUUUGAUUUUCUUUUUGUUGUCAUUGUUGCACAAGGGAAAAACCAAUCAUAUCCCAGUGAAGGGGGAGAUUCCUGCUCCGCCAGACGUUGUUUUCCCUGCGUUUCCUCCUUCACUGCAGUCCCCCCCCCACUAUGUCCCCCACCUUUACCCCUUCUUCCUUUUUUCUUCCUCGCUUUGUGGAACUGACGUGUUCAUCAAGAAAAGAAGGGCAAUGAAUGCACACUUGAUUCUGCUUUAAACAGACUAACUCAUUUCAUUGAUGAUGCUGAUGACACAUUAUUAAUGACAUUAAUAAAAAUUGGUUCCUGACAAGCUGAUAUGUUUCAAUAUGAA